AUGGGAACAGUGAGGAUUUGUGUGUGCGGCGACGAAGGAACUGGGAAGUCUAGUUUGAUCACUUCCCUUGUCAAGGGCGUCUUUGUCACAAACAAGAUCCAGCCGGUCCUGCCUCAUAUCACCAUUCCUCCGACUAUUGGCACUCCUGAAAAUGUGGCCACAACCACUAUUGUAGAUACCUCCGCCCUUCCCCAAGAACGAGCAACCCUGGCUAAGGAAAUCCGAAAAUCCAAUGUCAUUUUACUGGUAUACUCAGACCACUACAGCUACGAAAGAGUUGCCCUGUUCUGGUUGCCAUACUUCCGCUCCCUAGGUGUUAAUGUCCCCGUUGUUCUAUGUGCCAACAAGUCAGACCUUACCCCUGAAGGCAAUGGGUCCCAGGUUGUUGAGGAUGAGAUGCUCCCGGUAAUGGCAGAAUUCAAGGAGAUUGACUCCUGCAUUCGAGCCAGCAGUAGGGAGCAUCGUAAUGUCAACGAAGCAUUUUUCCUUUGCCAAAAGGCCGUCACACAUCCCAUUGCGCCCUUGUUCGAUUCCAAGGAAUCGACUCUGAAACCCGCUGCCGUUAGUGCCCUUCAUCGAAUCUUUUAUCUGUGCGACAAGGACCGUGACGGAUAUUUGAGCGAUAAGGAAAUUACAGACUUUCAAGCAAAGUGCUUUGGUAAACCUCUGAGGGAGGAGGAUCUGGUCCAUAUCAAGGAGACUAUACGCAGGUUUUACCCAGAUGCUGUCACACCUGCUGGCAUCAGCGUACAGGGCUUCCUACAACUUAAUAAACUAUAUGCUGAAAAAGGACGACAUGAAACAAUAUGGAUCAUACUACGGACAUUCAAGUACACGGAUAACCUGUCUCUACAAGAAGAUUUUCUCCACCCUCGGUUCGAAGUGCCCCCCUUUGCCUCGGCGGAACUGUCUCCCGCUGGCUAUCGUUUUCUUGUCGAUUUGUUCCUUCUCUCAGAUAAAGAUAAUGAUGGUGGACUCAAUGACACGGAGCUGGCAUCUCUGUUUGCGCCUACCCCGGGAUUACCUCCCUCUUGGAUAGAGGGUGCCUUUCCCUGUUCAACUGUACGAAACGAGACUGGCCACAUUACUUUGCAGGGUUGGCUUGCACAAUGGAGUGUGACUACAUUUACAUCACCGAAAACCACACUGGAGUACCUAGCUUACCUGGGAUUCGAGUCAUCCGACCGAGGGAACCCAACAACCACUGCAGCACUUAAGGUGACCAAACCACGGAAAAAGCGGCAACGCCCUGGCCGUGUUGGCCGUAAUGUUGUCAUGUGCUAUGUCCUAGGAGCCCCGGCCUCAGGAAAGUCAUCUCUCCUCGACGCAUUUCUCUCGCGUGGCUUUAGCUCGACAUACCAUCCCACCAUCCAAUCACGCACCGCUGUCAACACUGUGGAAUUGCCUGGCGGCAAACAAUGUUACCUCAUCCUUGACGAACUGGGUGAGCUUGAACCUGCGCUUCUCGAAAACAAAGCCAAACUUCUGGACCAAUGCGAUGUGGUCGCAUACACCUAUGACUCUUCUGACCCUGACUCUUUCGCCUAUAUUCCCAUGCUGCGGGAUAAAUAUCCCCACCUAGCGGAGUUACCAAGCGUAUUUGUUGCCCUCAAAGCCGAUCUGGACCGGACGACCCAGCGAGCAGAGUUCCAGCCAGACGAAUACACCAGCCGGUUAAACAUGCCCAGUCCACCUUUACACGUUAGCGUAACGUGGGAUUCCAUACAGGAGCUGUUUGUUCACCUUGCAGAGGCAGCGAUGGAGCCCAGCACGGCAUUUCCGCGAACUGAAGAUGAUGUUGAGGGGAAAUGGAUGGCAUGGGGGAUUGCGAUUGGGGCGGUCGUCUGCGCUGGAGCGGCGGCUGUGGUUAUAUGGCGCAGAGCUACAGGUGGCAUGAAUUGA